AUGUUCGAGAAAGGACGUUUGAAUCCUCGUGAAACAGCCAAAUAUGUGGUCGAUCAUUCAGAUGGUGAGAUUAAGAUAUCGAAAAACGGUGUUGAAUCUGUGGCUAAACUCAUUGUCGAGGCGGUGCGUAGUGGAGAAGUGCACCACGCAGAUUUUGAAGCCCAGGAGCUGCAUCCUCAAGGGGCAGAUCAAGCUGCUAUUGAUUGGUAUUUCAUUGAUUUGUUCAAUGAACGGUUUGGUGGGGUUUUUCUGAUGGACACAAUAAACUUCUCGUUUUGGACAGAAGAAGGCACGAAGUUCGUUGUUACAUAUAAGGACAAACCUUACACGGGCUAUUUUGCUGGUUGUGCAUGUGUGAACCGUGCGAUUGAUAAUGGAAUUCCGUUGACUAGUGCUCACUACAUGCAAAACAUCACACUAAAAGACGUGCAAAAGAUUUUUUCGAGUGACCACGGUGUUGUCAUUCCAAUGGCUGAAGAACGAACAAAAGUAAUCGCAGAGGCUGGACGAAUCUUAAAUGAGAAGUUUGACGGUUCGUUCUAUCGUUGUGUUGAACGUUGUGGUAAAAGCGCCGUGAAACUUUUGAACACAAUUGUUGAAAAUUUCGAAAGUUAUCGCGAUUUUUGCGAAUAUAAAGGCAAAAAAGGUUCCUUCCUGAAACGAGCUCAAAUUCUGGUCGCCGAUGUGUAUGGAUGUCUGAGGAAUAAAAACGAAAUCGGAAGUUUUUAUGAUAUUGGUGAAUUGACGAUGUUCGCUGAUUAUCGAGUACCACAGGCACUCGGUUAUCUCGGCGCUUUACACUAUUCACCGAAGCUGAUGAAAUCGUUGCGCUUAAGUCCGCUGCUCACUAACGGGUCGAAUCUAGAAAUUGAAUUGCGUGCAUUUUCGAUUAAAGCUUGUGACGAUAUAGUUGAUGCGGCGAAGCGUUUACGUACAGAAGCUGAUGCACAUCUGAGGACGAUAACAGCAGUUGAUGUCGAUGUGUUUUUAUGGACCUACAGAAGGGAUCAUGCUGCAGAAAUCGAGAAGAACGUUCCUUAUCAUCGUGUCAGAUGCAUCUACUAUUGA